AGCCAAUGAGAGUACAGAACACACUCGUGACUUCCUGUUUAGCACAAAUUGACACACCUAAAUGGUAGAAGGGAGAUAAGGGUAAAGAGUUAAACAGCAAGAGCAGAAAUAAAAAAAAGUACUAAAAAUAUUAAAAGAAAACAUUACUGCCAAACGUCAUGGACAAGCUGCGACGUGUCCUAAGCGGUGCAGAGGAUGAGGAGCAAGGGCUAACUGCUCAGGUCCUGGAUGCCACCUCCUUAAGCUUCGGCACCAGAGUGAAGUGGUUUGCUAUUUGUUUUGCUGCUGGGAUUGUGUGUUCCAUUCUUGGCACAGCAUUGCUGUUUCUUCCCAAUGGAACCAAACUGUUUGCGGUUUUUUACACAUUAGGCAAUCUUGCCGCUCUGUUUAGCACCUGCUUUCUGAUGGGGCCAGUUAAGCAAAUAAAAAGAAUGUUUGAGCCAACCAGGCUGAUUGCCACCAUUGUCAUGCUGCUGUGCCUUGUCUUGACACUAUGUGCAGUAUUCUGGUGGCAUAAAAAAGGACUGGCCAUUAUUUUCUGUAUAUUGCAGUUUUUGGCAAUGACAUGGUACAGCCUUUCCUACAUUCCAUUUGCAAGGGAUGCUAUUAUGAAGUGCUGCACGACAUGCCUAAAUUAAAAAGGCAACAUUUCUCAAGAGGUUAUUUUUAAAUGAAAAUGAAAAACUGUUUUCUGGACAGCUCAGCAAGACCAGAAGAUUAACACAACGCUUUUUUUUUUUUUUUUUUUGUAUAAUAUAUAUGUAAAAAGAUGUUUUCUCAUCUGUAUUCUUAAGAUUAGUUCAAAUCUUAACACAAUAGUAGUGGUAUUAGAAAUGAAAUGGUUAAUAUAACAAUUAUUACGCAAACAGUUUGCUGUAUAAAUAUUUGCAUUUGCAUAGUUUGGAGAUUUUUAAUGCUAACGUGGUGAGAGAAAGGGAUGUUUGGGAGAGUGAUGAUUGUUAAUAAUUUGAAUACCGACUUCUUUUUACAACUAGCAUUCAGCUACCUUAUUCUAGAAUGGCUUCUUUUUUAUUUAUACUACAUACAGUAAUAUCACUCCAUAAAAAAAAAAAUAAACAUUUCAGUCUUUGGUUUCUAAGAAAUCUCUAUUUUUAUCUGAUUUUGAAGAGUGAGAAUAUUAAACAAAAAAAUUAAACCGUGUAUAAAUUAAAGUAAUGAUGACUCGGAGGUUAAGUUUAACAGCAGUAAGAGACACUUUGGAUCUUCUCCGCGCAUCUUUAAAGUAAUGCCACAUUUCAAAACCUGUCUCGUCUGUUCUAGCUCUCUUUUUCAGGUGGUUUCACAGACUUGGACUAGCUCACCUAAACUAACAGGUAGGUAUUUCAAGAUUAGUGCUAAUCGGGGUCUGUGAAAUAAGUUCAUUGAAAGUUAAAUAGGUGACUCUUAUAUGUACUGAAAAAUAGAACUUUUUUAACCCCUUAAGGUACACAAGGAAUUGAGUGGUUGUUCAAACGGUUUCUUCUUAAAAUACAUUUGAGAGUGACUCAAGUAUCACAAGAGAACAGGCAAUUUUGGAUGACCAGAUCCAGCCUGUCAGUACAUUUUAAACCCUGUUUUUCGUGCACCUUGUUGCAAAAAUAAGAAAGUUAGCAUUGUUUUUAUUUGUGGGACAUGUCCCUUGUAUCUUAAAGGGUUCAUUCAUUUCCUUCUGAAUUGGACGCUCAUCAUUUUUUACGUGAUUGUUUGUCUUGUUAAACCCAUAGCUUAAACUUAAUGCAACAGACCUAUCUGCAGUUACAAUGUGUUUGUAGUUUAUUUCUUAUCAGUAUUGGAAUUAUGGAUGCCUCACCAAUCUUUAUUUUAUCCCACUGAAAAUAUUCACCAAGCAACUUAUCACUCAGAUGCUAAAAAGCAUCAUUGUAUGUAACAAGUUUGUAUUCCUAUGAUUUAGAUUAGUGAUGGAUACUGAUCAUGGUUAUUAAAGACCCCUCCUCACCAUGACAACCCAUUCGCACCAGCUCUGUUCUGACAAAGUGUCAUUAAUGAUGCUGAUAACAGAGCAGCAACAAGUGGUACAGCCCCCUUUUAAUCUAUAUUUACACAGCGAUAAGAAUUAAGUUUUUACUAACUUAGACCACUGUUUGUUUUAACAAUAGACAUUUGUGGACUAAAGGAUAAAUUCCUUGCCCCACUGCAAUUAAUACAAGGACUAGUAGUGUGCUUUUUUCCUCUUAAAGUUGACAAUGGUGUCUUAUAAUUAAUCCUCUCCAUUUUUUAAAAGGCUCUCCAAGGGAUUUUGUUCACUUUCACGGAAUUUAAUUGAACAGUCUUUAGAAAAAUACAAGAUGUUCUUGUGGUUUCAGCACUAAACAGACCUCCCACUUUGUUGUAUAAAACUGCAUUCCAAAGUGUUUUAAUUACACUAAUCAUAUUCCAGCUUGGUUAGUUUUACCAAUGGCAGGAAUGGGGUCAGGCAAAACACUAUUUGAGUGUCAAGCUUCAAAUGUUAACCCCGGUAUAGAAUUUCACAUGCAUUUUCUUUUAUGUUUACAAGACUGUACUUACUUGUUGCACAAAGGUGUUGUGUUUUUUUUUUUUUUUUUAAUUAACAACAUAUAAUUUCUGUCAAGUCAGCUACUGCUUUUAACUGUUUCUGCUCUGCGUGUGUACGUCUGGGUCAUUCUUUCUCAAACGUUUUGAAACCAGGGACCAGCUUAGUGUCUUUCUGAAACCUGCCACUUGUAAUGUAAUCCUUAUUGCUGGUUUUGUUUUAAAGCACUGAAUCCUAGUGCUAAGGUAGCAAAUAAAUAUCUAAUAAGGAUGA